AUGCCUGCUCCAGCCUCAUCACCUGCUUCAGCUCGAUCACCCCCUCAAGCACAUUCUCCUUCUUCUGGUCCUGCACUUGUUGCUGUCCACGCCUCUACCGCUGCCUCGCUGGAGCCAAAAGUCGUGUCCAGACCGAACUCAGUUGACCGUUCCUCGCCGGCGGGUCCCAAUGUCCACGUUACGCGGCGAUAUGAACCUGCUGUUAUUCCAGUGGCAUCAACAACGUCGCGAGCAGCCGAAAGUACACCCUCCACUCCGCGCAUCGUAUUGCAACGUCCGCGGACGGCGGGAAUCGAGGCUACAGUGGACAAAAACCGUCGCCAGCCUGUCCCUGCCCAGCAGCGCGAAGCGCAACAGGGACUGCCAGCGCGCCGCUCCGGAGUCACAAGGAAUGCUGGUUCAGAGCAUACCCCAACACCUCAUAGGCCCCAGGACGGUACGAAACAGAGGAGGCAUCCAUACCGCGCCCGGGAAUAUGACGGACCAGCUGCGAAUGAAUCGAGGGAACAAUGGCUGGAGCGCCGGAGACGAGAAACAGAGAUUCGGAACGUAGUCAAAUCCAUUCUUCAAAUGUGUGUCCAUCGCGCAGUUUACGGAAUCAAACCCGGUCCGAAACGACCAUACGGGAGACGAGGAAGCUCUCAGUCGGCCCAGCAUCCGCGGAGAAAGGACUACAAUCGACCGCGUUGGACCGGGUCGCCCGGGUCGAAAACACCUGAAUCCGCCCCGGGAAAACCAAGUGCCCCAGCCCCAGCGGCAUCCCCCGAAGUGCGUCGGAAUUCUGCGUCCAAGCCGCAGUCUCGUCCGCAGCAGGCAGCACUUGCGAAGCCUCUUCCUGCACAGGCAAAGGAGAUACCUCCACAACCGAGAGUAGCCCCUGCGCCAUUGCGACCUGCGCCGUGGGCGCCAAAGGCGCCCGGGUCGUCUCCUGAGACGAAAAAUGUACAUGGAUCUAGAACAGAGGGUUUGCCGGUGGAUGCGUCCAAAAUUGAAGACUGGAGUAUGCGGCAAAGUCAGGUCUCCAGUCCUUCACUUGAUCCAACACCCAUGCAGUCUUCUGUACCCUCAAGACAGCAGCCGAGAUCUCGCUCCGGGGCUGGACAUGUGCCGCCGUCGGCCGUACGCAACAUCAUUCCCGUAAAAGCCAGUCAAUCGUCGAAAGCAAGCGGCGCCGAUCGACAGUUGGAGGUGGAUUCUGUCACAAUACCGGCUCCGAGUGGGGGCAUUAGAGUUGUACAGCGUCCAGAUCGUGGGCGUGGUGCAAAUCGACAAGGUCCCGGCGGUUCUGCAGUAUUAUCAAAUGGAAAGAACCUUUUGUCCGGAGCAGCUGUGACGCCCGCCAACGGGCCGUUUGACAAGCCGAGAUACGCCCCUCGAAGGCGAGGGGGGAAGCUUGAUGUUCCGAGAAGAGACAGAAGAGCUCCUUAUCGAAAAAGCGACGAUGCUCGUGCGUCAGGGGAAGAUCAGCGAGGCGGGUAUGGUGUACCAUUGACGUCGCACUCUAUUCCAUUAGAUGCGAAGCAGGAAUCUGAGGCAUGGGCGGCAAACAACGGGCCCAAGCAGCCUGCGAGCUUUGACGCUAUUACUCGCGCAUUUUCGAAUCAGCCCGCACCCUUUCCUCUUGUUGGUGCUCCCUUGCUGCCACUAGUACCUGUUGUGUCAAUCAUCUCAACUCCUGAUGAGGGUAGCGCCUCUACAGCCAAUGACUCGAAUCGUGGAGCCUGGAAUGCGAGCGGAACCUGGACCGGUACACAGAAGGAGGUCAAAACAGACUGGUGGCAGUCAAAGAGCAAUAACAGUAAUUCUUUUGAAAAGGACACAGUCAAGAAACCUUCAUCCAGAAACCACGCGAACAAGAGUUUGAAAAGCAAUGGAGCGCCUGGACAAAAGAAGGACAGGAGAAUGUUGCAACCAGAGACGGGAGCCACUGAGCAGAAAACCACGACUCCUCGAGGCCCAAUUGGGACGAGGUCAGAGGGCGGGACCAAACAGCGUCGGAAACAGACUCGAGCACGGAAGGCGAAGAAAUUAUCGCCGGAGAUUGUCGAACAAACAAGCAAGGAACCGAAAGCCACUAGCAAUAUUGCGAAGCCGGAGCACAGAAACAGCAAAAUUAAUGGGACCGAAAUUGUGGCUCCAGUCGAACCUGCCCAGCCCGCAAUGGAUACUGCGGGUGAGUCCGCUGUGUCGAGGAAGAAAUCUGUCGUUGUUUCAGGAGAAGCGUAUGGGUUGCGUACACCUGCUGCUCAAGGAAUGAACGCUUCGAAAGCAUUACCAUCAGAGGUAUCGCAAUCGAAAAGUGGUCCCGCACCGCGAGCGAAGAACAAACGGUCAAUAACACGUGCAAAGAAGAAGCCACCAGCGCCAGCACCGGCGGAAGGUGAUGAUCUGAUGCAUUUUAAUGUUUCUGAGGGAAACGUCGUCGAAGUGGGACCGACGCGAACCUCGGCCAAACAAAAGGAAGUCUUUCGUCCUCGAAGGACCGGGAAUGGGACACAUGGCAAAUCAAUGCGGAAGACAAACGAUAAACCACGGGUAUCCACUGCAGCAUCAGAAACUGAGGUCAAGCCCGAGGUCAAGGCGAACGAUAACGCAGCAGCAGUGAGCCGUGAGGCGUCUGAUCUUCCCACAAAGGGCCAGCAGGAAAAGCCUGCGAAGGAACAAAAUGAAUUAUCUUCGCAAUCACCUUUUCAGGAUGGCGUCAACUCGAAGAAAGAAGGUGUCCAUGCUCGCGCCGACGCAAAGAUUGGUCCGCAGUCACGCGGUAACAGGAACAAUAACGGUAAGCACAGAAACCCCAAGCGGUUAUCGGAACGAGACACGAAAACUGAGAACAAGUCGAAUGAUGCCUCCGCAUCAAGUGACAUCAAGGAAUCGAAGGCUCUGGACGUGUCGGCUGCCGGAGGCGAGAAGAGCGAAAAGAGCACCAGCGCUACUCCGCUAGUGAGCAGGGAGGGAGAAGCAGGUUCUUUUACUCCCCAAACAACGCAACCGUCUGGAAAGCCAGCAUCUCGCGGAGCCCCUGGUGGUGUCCGAGGGCGCGGAGGACGGCGCGGACGCGGAUGGAGAGGCGGUCGAGGCGGGCGGGGCGGGCGUGGUGGCCGAGGCAGUCGCGGCAGGGGUCGCGGCAGUGUGAAUAGCAAUGCCAAUAGUGCCUCAGGCAACAGCAAUAGCACGAGCAUUACGCAACCCGUUGUCGCCAAGGCUGUCACCAGCGACGCCAAACCGUAGCCUGCGCCUUGUCUGUAUCACCCUCUUCCACAUGUGUUGUGUAGGAUCACUUCGUUCCAUCCACAUUAAUCAGCACCAGGACAAGAGGGAACAGCAACAAGGAAUAGGAGGGGUCCCGCUCCUCACUCCGCUAACAAGCAACAGGCGGAUACCCAAUCUGUGAAUGCAUGAAUGAGCCCUCUUUGCUCGGAGCUACAAAGAUUUCUCCCCCGCAAGUGCCUCUGACCACUAUUUCACGAAACGCCAUGUUUGUCGAAUAGAAAGCCCUCCCAAGGCAGCCUUGCUACGCACCAGGUAGUAAUAUCUGCAGAUAGGUCACGCAUAUGUGCGCAUGCCUGGCUUUUGAUGUGUUCGUCUGUGGAAUAAUCUAGUGGCGCAAAAGCACUGUAGCGACAUAGUUGCGCCCUUCACGUACGCACUGAACUGCUAGUUCAAUAAAUGAAAAGGAUUUUUCG